CACGACACCGUUUACGUCUUCAAACUAUGUUUAAAUUAUAUUAAAUCAUUUAUCAAGUGUCCUGGCAUAAGGGAACACAAAGUUUUGUUUUUUUAAAUCGUUUUGCUUCGAUGUCUGAGGCGGAACCUUGUAUCAUCCGCUCAUUUACUCACCCGGAACAAUAACAGACGGAAACCAGCGAGAUGGCGCGAGCAGCCAGGUCAGCGUUGGUGCUUUGCAUGGAUGUGGGUUUCUCCAUGAGCAACUCUGAGCCUGGCCAGGAACCGCCCUUCGAACAGGCCAAAAAAGUCAUCCAGAAGUUUGUCCAGCGGCAGGUGUUUGCUGAGAAUAAAGAUGAGGUGGGUCUGGUGCUGUUUGGUACUGACGGCACUAAGAACUCCUUGGCCAUAGACGGCCAGUAUGAGAACAUCACGGUUCACCGUCACCUCAUGAUGCCUGAUUUUGAGCUGCUCGAGGAGAUUGAGAGCGAACUGCAACCUGGUGGUCAGCAAGCUGACUGGCUUGAUGCUCUGGUCGUUUGCAUGGACCUUGUUCAGAAGGAAACCAUGGGGAAGAAGUUUGAGCGUCUGAACAUUGUCCUGCUGACGGAUCUGAACGUCCAGACCUCAACAGACCAGCUGGACGUUAUCAUUGACAACUUGAAGAAAGCUGGUAUCACCCUGCAGUUCUUUUUGCCGUUCCCUUUGGAUGGUGAGGACAGAGCGGAUGGUGGAGGGGAUGGACCGGGACCGUCAGCGGCUCCUGCUCGUCCAGGAAAAGGCUUGAACGAACAGCAGACACAAGGUCUGGAGAUGGUCAGAAACAUCAUGACCAGCCUAGAAGAGGAGGACGGCCUGGAGGAGGUCUACACGUUUAGUGAUGCUCUGGAGAAGCUGUCCAUCUUCAAGCGUAUCGACAGGAGGCCGAUGGCUUGGCCCUGUCAGCUGACCAUCGGCAGCUCCCUGACCAUCCGCAUCGUCGGAUACAAAGCUGUGACGGAGGAGAAGGUGAAGAAGUCCUGGGCCAUAGUAGAUGCUCAGAGUCACCAGAGAGACGACGUCAAGAGAGAAACGGUUUACUGCCUGAACGAUGAUAAUGAAACUGAAGUACAGAAGGACGACACUAUCCAAGGUUUCCGUUACGGAAGCGACAUUGUGCCGUUUUCUAAGGUGGACGAGGACCAGAUGAAAUAUAAGUCUGAUGGGAAGUGUUUUUCUGUGCUUGGCUUCACUAAACAGGAGCUGAUUCGUCGUCAUCAGUUUAUGGGAGACCAAGUUGUCAAAGUUUUUGCACCCAGAGAUGAUAAGCAUGCAGCAGUGGCACUGUCCGCUCUGAUUCGUGCCCUCGACAGUCUAAAGAUGGCAGCGAUUGUACGUUAUGCUUAUGACCGUCGCAGCAACCCUCAAGUGGGCGCCGCUUUUCCAUGCAUAAAGGACAAAUAUGAAUGUCUGCUAUACGUGAAGCUGCCGUAUAUGGAGGAUCUCCGACAGUUCACAUUCCCAAUGUUGGAAAACAACAAGAAGUUCACACCUUCAGAGUCUCAGCUGUCAGCCGUGGACGCGCUGAUCGACUCUAUGAUGCUGGUGGAAAAGGAUGAGGAUGGAGAGAGCGUGGACAUCUUCAAAGUCAACCACAUUCCAAACCCACAGUUCCAGAGACUUUUCCAGUGCUUGCAUCACCGCGGUGUGAAUCCUGAUGAUCCCCUGCCGCCCGUAGAGCCGUGGCUGAAGAGGGUUCUAGAGCGGCCCCAGGCCGUGUCUGCCCUCUGCCAGGCCCCUCUGCAGGACGUCAAGACCAAGUUCCCACUGAAAGUGGUGGUGAAAAAGAAAGCGCAGAAGACUAGCGCAGACGUGUUUGGCAGCAGUGCUGAUGAACCAGAUACGAAGAAAGUCAAAGUGGAUGAAGAGACGGAGUUUAACCUGGCCGAGAUUGCGGCAGGAAACAUCACAUCGGUUGGCAGCGUCAAUCCAGUCCGAGAUUUCUGCGCGUUGAUUCGACAGAAGACCGUUUCUUUCGAUCUGGCGUGCCAGCAGCUGACCCACAGGAUUGAGCAGUUGCUGGGCAACAGGAGCCCUGAGUACUACACGAAGAGCAUCGCCUGUAUCCAGGCCUUCAGGGAUCAGUCAGUAUCGAGCGGAAACGCAGAGCUGUUCAACAGCUACUUGCAGUCCCUGAAGAGGAGCGUUCCUGACAGGAAUCUUGAGGAGUUCUGGGAUCUGCUCAUCCGAGAUGCUCUGACACUGAUUAGCAAAGAUGAAGUGGACGGAAGCACCAUUUCCAAACAAGAUGCAAACCAGUUCCUGGCGUUUGAGCAGAAAGAGGAAGUGCAGGCGGCUCCAGCGCAGGAGGACACUGGAGAUGUGGAUGAUCUGCUGGACAUGAUGUAAAGCGGUUGUCUUCAACACCUGCGUCCAUCCAGCGCAUGCAACUCUGCGUUAGAUGCCAUUUCUUGUGUUUAUUAAUGAAACACAAAUCUCCAAAAUAACGUUCAAGUGCUUCACUAAAUCAGAUUUGUUUGUACUUGGCAUGAUUAUGUUGCUCGAGUUUGAUUACUUGAAUGUUGCACAGUCUGUAUUUGUAGGAUUUUCUAAAGGAAAAUAAAUAUCCAUGUACUUUUAUACAGAAACUCAAAUAAAAGAUCAAACAAAAUAAAACUAAAUCCUUGAUU